UUAAAAUUUUUAUUUGCAGGAUGUAUUCAUUAAAGUCAUUUGUAAUUGUAGCACUAAUUUGCACAUCUUUAACCGUAACCAGCCAAAAUGCUGACAGUCAACAAGCCCGGUUAUUAGUAUCUAAACAAGUUCUUAACAAAUUACUAGUUCAAGACUCUGACAUCUUAGUUAAAUAUACCAUUUACAAUGUGGGAAGUGUGCCAGCGACAAAUGUUGUAUUACAAGACUCAGGAUUCCCUGAUGAAGCAUUUGCCACAGUCAAAGGAAAUUUGAAUAUUCGUUUUAACAGAAUUCCAUCUGGCGCAAAUGUUACUCAUGCCGUCGUCAUCAAACCUCUUACGUAUGGCCGAUUCAACUUCACAGCUGCAGUUGUGCAAUACAAAUCAUCAGAAGGUGCUGAAGAGCCACAAUUUGCAAUAAGCAGCGAACCUGGUGAAGGAUACAUCAUCAGUUACGCUGAAUACGACAAGAAAUUCUCUCCUCAUUUGCUUGAUUGGUUUGUAUUUGCAAUAAUGACCCUGCCAGCCGUGGUAGGACCAUUCAUGUUGUGGUGGGUUAGCAAGAGCAAGUAUGAAUUAAUAUUGAAACAAAAACGUGAAAAAGUGUCUAAAGACUAAAAUUAAUAAAAUAAAAACCUAUGUACAAUUAAAAUUAAGGAUUCUUUAGCUUAAUUUUAUUUAAUAUAUAUUUUUUUUAUAUGUAUCUACUUAUAAAAAUACCUUGAUCAUUUCCUAAAGCUAAUUAGAAAUUACUUUUUUAGUUAAAACUACUAUAGAAUCCACUUUACAGUUUUACUAUACAAAACAAAUUUAUCAAAUUUUCAUAUUGAAAAUACGUGAUCUCUAUCUAUUUUUCAUUAAGUAAUAUCAAUAUCUGUAUUAUAUAUUUCCAAAAAUUUAAUAUAUAAAAGAUCACCAUUUAUAUUUUUUAGCAGGUAGGUACAUUUUUUAUGUUUAUCUAAUAACAAUUUUGUUCUAAACUUGUUUAUAAAUAAUAUUAAUUUGUUUGAUAUUAAAUAAUUUUUAUUUACAAAUUAAAAAUAGGGGUCAUUGGAUGACUAUAUUUAAUUUACAAAUUUACCUUUGUGUUGUGUUCGUUUGAAUUUAUCCUUGGAAUAAUAUUAUUAAAUUUAGAUUUUGUUGAAAUUUUACAAUAAAAUAAAGUUUUUUUUUUAAACAGAAAAAUCAUAAAAUCUUCUACUUUUUAUUCCUUAUUAGUUAUUAGAUUCUCUUGGCAAAUUCCAGGCUUACAUUCAGUGGGGUGUAAAUUUUUCAUCUUGAUAAAAAUGAAAAUUGUUUCAAAAGUAAAAUAUGUACCUCAUGCUGUUUUUAAUUUUAAUAUUGUUAUUUUGAAAUUGUGUUUUGAUAGAAAACAUUUUACUGUAACAAGCUGUACGACAAAAUACAAGUAGUGUAAACUUAGUUUUAAAUAUUUUCUGGACGAACAGUAUCGCUAUUAAGUAUGCUGAUUAAAAAAAAUCUAUACAUGUUGACUGUAUAAAGAAUUUAAUCCAUUCGGUUUAUUA